AUGGUGCCUCAACAGCAACGAAGAAGACGACGUAGAGCGGCUCUAACUCGUACUGCUGAGCGUCGCUUGAUCGUGGCGCGUGGUUCAGGAGGGUUUGGAUUUACAAUAGCUGGUCAGAGGCCUUGCGUGGUAUCUGCUGUGGCGGCAGGCGGGCCGGCUGAACGCGCGGGUCUCCGCGCCGGAGAUGCUUUACUUACCGUAGACGGUGCAAAUAUAGCGAGGGCACCUCACGCUUCCGUCGCCAGAUUGGUUGCGGCUGCUCCUGGCGCUAUCUCCUUGAGUGUUGCGCCGCGAGAAUCUCCACCAACCGAUACUGAAGACACAGAGCCAGAUGAAAGGGCGCGUACAAGAAGGCGUCAUCCACCACCACGUCGCAGACCACAAAUUACGCAUCAUCCUGGUUGUCAUGCUGCUCCCAGCACUUCAGGUGUUAACGAAAUCCUUCAGAACUUGAGGCAUGCACAGCUUUCAAGUAAUCAUGUGGCUCGCCUCGAAUGUAGGGCUGUGGUGGGGUACCUAGGCACUAUAGAAACUCCACAAGCUGCUGCCACUGCCGCCCCCGGCAAUGUGAGGACUGCUGUGAGAAAACUCAGACAAGAGCGCCGCCCGGCCGCGCCAGUGCUGUUGUCCGUUCUCCCAAAUGCUCUAUUCCUGCGAAGACCCACUGGACAAGUAUUAGCGCAAUAUCCCCGCGAGAGAAUAGUUCAUGCUGGCUGCGGUUCAGAAGCAGACCGAAGAUUCUUCGGCCUCGUCACGUCGGCCGAGUCUCAAGAGGCCGAGGCGUCGCACAGCUGCCACGUAUUCGCCGUCGAUCCAAGAAUGGCGGAGCACGAAGCUCAUAUUCCGAGAGCGCGAGAGUUCCAAGUAGCUUGCACCAGGGAUCCAGUCGCGGAGAGAUGUUUAGAAUUUCCACCAUCGGCCGAGUACGUGGUCGGGGUGAUUCGAGGAAUGUACAGUUUACCACCCGAAGAGAGCUCCAGUCCGGGGCUGCCGCCGAUCUCGAAGUUGGCUGUCAAAGGCGAUAGUCCAGCGUUGGGUGAUUUCUCGAGAUGCAACAGAGCCGCGUUCAGGUUGCCGCGGGAGCGUCGACACGGCGGCCGGCCCGACGACGACGCCGCAGAUUUCGUCGCGAACUCGCCGCAGCCAAGCAACCACAGCGAAGUGACUACGACUUCCAGCAACAGCGACUCGGGCAUCGGUUUCCACAACGACUGCCGCAAUAUAGCAGACCGUAUACUAGUCGUGGACUUCGCGAGAGCCCCAGCGAUGAACGCGUUCGUCCGAGAGCCGCUGCGCAGACCUGUGGGUUUGGUGGGAUGCGGGUUUGACGUCGACGGGUCGUUUCUUUCGAACGCUUUUCCUGUCGUGGACGGUUUCGCGGGGCAAGGCCGGCCGCUGAACUUGGACGACGUCAUGUUGAACGCGAAUGAACCUCAGCCGGUGCGGCGCGCGAACGAUGAUUACGAUUACAAUGGGCGGAGCGGGGCAGUUUACGAUCGCGUGUGCAGCGAAGGGGAGGGGUUGUACGAAGCUCUGGGGACGGAGUCUGUAGAGAUAUAUGAGGACAGGUGGGGUGCGGAUGGGGCUUCGGUGCGGUCGGCGCGUAGCCACGAGGAGCCCCCGCGGGUGCGCCGCCAUCACCUGCAGGCCUCCCUCGAUGACAUGCUGGUGCUUCGCCCUCGGGAAACGAAGCCCGAACAUGACGAUGACAACUUUGUGCACCCUGCUUCUGUCCGCAAAUCUAUCAAGCCGCUGAACAUCCUCGCCAAAACAAAGAACAUGCUGUCUGGACGCGACCGUUCCCGCGAAUCGCGGGACGGCGACACUCAAGAGAAGCAAGAGAGUUGCAGUAACCACGAGAACCGUGUUAACAAAGAGUGUAGUGAUAAUCGGGAUUGCCGUGAUGCCAGGAGAAGAGCUCUAAGCGCCAGUUGCGGAGAAGUGUGCUCGGUGACGGCUGACGACGGACUGGCAGCCGCGGCCAGUAAGUUAAACGCCAUCCAGUAA